AUGGCUUCUCGAGCCUGGAUCCUCCUAGUCAGCGCGCUCGCCGUCGCCCAGGCGUCGGCGCCCGCAGGCCCUUGGGACGCGUUCAACUACGCGCCGAAGAGCAGGACGGUCGGUCCGGUCGCGGUCAAGGAGGUCUACGGAGAGGUGCGGAGUGCGCGGAACCUGGCAUCGAAGGGUAGUGCGACUCUGGUGGGGAGCGGUUCAUGGGUUGCGCUUGAUUUCGGUAUCGAGGUCGGCGGACUUAUCUCGUUGAACUUUGGCAAUACGACGGACGCGUCGUCCAUCGCCCUGUCGUUCACGGAGUCGCCCAUGUUCAUCAGCCCCCUCACUUCAGACGACUCCACUUAUCCUACGCCGAACAUGUCGUACGACGGAGUUCUGAACGUCCCUGCGCCUCUGCCUCACGGUUUCUGGACCCAGCCUGCCAAGUUCCUUCGUGGCGGUUUCCGCUACCUCACAAUCGUUUCAACCUCGGACGACCCCGUCACCAUCUCAAACGUGACAUGUGCGAUUUCCUUUGCGCCGCACAUCGCGAAUCUACGGGACUAUAGUGGAUACUUCUACGCGCACGAUCCGGUGUACGAGGACGGGGACUUCCUUACCAAGUUGUGGUAUGCUGGCGCAUAUACAGUACAAACAAAUGUUGUGCCACUUGAGACUGGGCGACAGAUCCCAACGGUAAAGUCUCCAGGUUGGGCGAACAAUGCGACGCUAGGGGUAGCAGGUCCUAUCAUCGUUGAUGGCGCAAAACGCGACAGAGCUGUAUGGCCCGGAGACAUGGGAAUCGCCGUCCCUACUCAAUUCGUAUCGACCAACGAUCUACUCCCCACCCGAAAUGCGUUAUCAACCAUGUUCGCCGCGAUCAAUCCCCGGACUGGGGCACUUCCCGAGUCUGGGCCUCCUCUCAGCCAGCUCGGCAGCGACACGUAUCACGCAUGGACUCUGAUUGGAACACAUAACUACUAUCUCUACUCCGGCGACAUCGAAUGGCUCCAAACGGUUUGGGCCAAUUACACCAAGGCUGUCGGGUUCCUCGAGGGCAAGGUCGGUCCGGAUGGACUGAUGAAUGUCACUGGUCUCCGUGACUGGGCACGGCUCGGUGGCGGAGGGAUCAACGCGGAGGGGAAUGCUCUCUUAUACCAAGUCCUCGUCACCGCUUCAGAUCUUGCGGCGCACGUGGAAGAUGCUACGCUCUCCGAAGCCUGGUCAACGAACGCAACAGCGCUGAAGCGGCGCUUCAACGACGUCUUCUGGCUUCCUAGUGAAGGAAUGUACAGAGACAACGAUACAACAAUUUUGUGUCCUCAAGACGCGAACUCGAUGGCUGUCCUAUACAACCUCACGAUGACGACGGCGCAAGCGCAAUCUGUCAGUCAAGGUCUGACAAAGAACUGGAACGACCUGGGGCCGGUCGCACCCGAGCUCCCGGACACUAUCUCUCCUUUCAUUAGCGGACUUGAGCUCCAGGCGCAUUUCGCCUCAGGCAACGACGAACGUGCAAUGGAUCUUCUUCGACGUGAAUGGGGUUACAUGCUCUACACCAACCUCAGCGUCCAGUCGACCCUCCUUGAAGGUUUCACCGCCAACGGCUCGCUCUCGUACCGAAGCUACCGUGGUUACAACUACGACCCCGCCUAUACGUCUCACGCGCACGGCUGGUCUUCUGGCCCGACGUCUGCGCUGACGUACUACGUCCUCGGCCUUACCGUCACCUCUCCGCAAGGCGCGACGUGGCGGCUCGCGCCACACCUUUCCGGCCUCUCCGCAGCGGAGGGCGGCUUCACGACGCCACUCGGCUGGUUUGGCGCGAAGUGGUCCGCGAGCAAGAAAGGCAAGUUUACUCUGGAGAUAGACGUACCGCAUGGCACGUCCGGGGCGGUCGUCGUCCCGACGCAGGUGCUCCGCAGGGGAGCGCGUGGGGCAGUGACUGUGGACGGAUCGCCUGUGCACGUAGGUGCCGAUGGGAAAGUGGCUCUGGCAGGCGGGAGACAUGUCGUUGUUGCCUCGUAA